AACCGUUGAAGAAAUAACUUGUUUAACAAGUUCUUCUUUUUUCUUGGAUUAAAUACUUGUUUGAAGGUAAUUCAGAGACACUGCCUUCGUCUUCGUCUUUGCUAUGGCUGUUACUUGGCUUCUCAAAACCGUUUUCCGACGAAGAAAGAAGAAGAAGUCUACUGAGUUUGUAAGCAAUUCUGCAGUUUUCGAGUUCGACUUCGACACUAUUAAAGCUGCAACAAAUGAGUUCUCAGAACUGGUUGAUCCACAUAGAGCUUCUCAGCUAAGUUGGGAGGUAUGUCGAAACAUUGUUGAUGAUCUAAAACCGAAAAUCGUGGGGUUUGAAUUGGCAAGGAGGAUGCAACAAGGUGAUAGUGAAGCAGAAUCAACUGUAAUUGUCGGUACCAUAAGGAAGGCUUGGAGUGUUGACGGAGACUCUCUAAUCGAAUAUGUUAUGAGAUGCUGGAACAGAGGAGAAGCCAUAGAUGUGAUCCAUGAAGCGAUGAGGGAAGAAGAAAGAGAAGAUUCGAUAAGCGAAAUCUUGAGAUACAUUCACAUUGCUUUGUUAUGUAUCGAUGAAAAUGCAGAGACAAGGCCGAGUAUUGAUAAAGUUCUUCAUUGGUUUAGUUGUUUCUCUACUCCUUUACCUGAACCAACAUUUGGUAAUAGAUUUCUUGCAGAGGAAGAAACCAAUCGGUUAUGGUCGCCGUCUCUAUCUCCCGGACAUAGCUCUGUUACGUCACCCAUAUCUUCACGUUAAGGAGAUUGAGUGCUCUGUUUUAUUAGACUGAUGAGAGUUUAUGUUGAUAAUAAUUGUUGGUUGAUAAAUUCAAGUCGUAAUUUGCUGUUGUUUUCUUCUGUUUGUGCCCAAAUCCAGUAACACCAUAUAGGACCAUUCAAUAAUUAUUUUAUUACUUU